UGUGGCGAUUACAUCACUUGACUUAAAACUCGAUAGCCUGGACCCUUCAUUCCCAUCAGGAAAAAUCAUUGUUUCCUUUUUGCGUCUAGAACAUUGGGACCUUGUCGUAGAGACAGGAGAUCAGCCUUUAUCGAAUUACUUGCAGUUGUACAUGAUGACAUACAUCUAGGAAUUGUCGAUCCUUCUAGAUAAUUUCGCGCAUCGGAGCAUAAGCCUUUUUAUAGAUCCUCGACGACAGUGGGAAUAAUUCGGUUUCGCUUUACGGUUGCUAUUAUUCAUCGCGAACGUGUGAAGCAAUCUAUGUUAUACCUUGUUGGCUCUAUAUUUGGGUAUCAUUGACGUUCCGGGAUCGACUUCCCCUCUCUCGAAUAGUUUCCUUGGGCUACUAUCAGGGCCUAAGAAUCGAUUGCGCAUUUUUACCCGGGCGGAUUUUUGAGACUUCCUUACCGGUUGCGUAGGCCUGUGUAUAAACAGGAACUGUCAAGAUGUUGGAGAGCUACCAACAUGCUGGGACGCAGCCAGGGGUGACUAGCAAGUAUGUCGGAAAGACUGUUGGGCAGAGCGAUGCUACUGAGUCGAGGGGUCGUACAUGGACCAAAACCAUUCGCAAAAUCCUAUCGGAUUUCAUUUCGGCUGGUCCAGUAGAAGAACGAGGUGUCAUGCCUGUAGCGCUAGAAGAUCGGACUGCUACAAAUUAUAGCAGUUACUUUUCGAUAUGGGCAUGUAUGAAUAUAAACCUCUUACCUAUUACAUUCGGCUUAUUAGGUCCGGCGUAUGGGUUAGGUUUGAGGGACAGCUCGCUAGUCAUCUUGUUCUUCUGCCUCUUGACUGCGGCGAUACCGACUUAUCUUGGUACUUUGGGGCCGAAAACUGGUUUGCGACAAAUGAUUCAAGCUCGUUUCUCUUUCGGAAGAUACCUUGUUUCCGUACCCGUCAUUUUGAAUCUGGCCACGCUCACGGGUUUCUGCGUCGUCAGUUGCGUCAUCGGAGGUCAAUGCUUGUCGGCCGUUGCUGGUGGUUCUCUCACCCCGGCGGUCGGAAUAGUCAUCAUGGGCUUUUUGGCUCUCCUCAUAUCUUUUUGCGGGUAUGAGGUGUUGCAUCAGUAUGAGCGUUUCGCGUGGAUUCCAGCUGUGAUGGCGAUAAUAAUCGCUACUGGUUGCGGAGGGUCGGGCCUCCAACAGCAAGCACCAGUGGAACCUGCGACAGCCGGUGGUGUUCUCAGCUUUGGAAUGAUCAUUGCCUCUUAUAUGAUCCCAUAUGCUUGCCUCGCCUCGGAUUUCACAACAUAUUUAAAUCCCAAAUUCUCAUCCGUGCGAUUGUUCUUAUACGGAUAUGCCGGCCUUGUUCUCCCGUCCGUGGUAUUGAUGGUGCUAGGCGCUGCUAUCGGAGGGGCUAUAGCUAGUGUACCCGAAUGGCAAGCAGGUUACGACUCGACACAAGUUGGCGGUGUAUUAGCUGCCAUGUUAUCUCGGGCUGGCGGAUUCGGAAAAUUUGUCGUCGUUGUGCUAUCGCUAACUUUACUCGGAAACAUCUCUGCAACGAUGUAUUCGAUUACGCUUAAUUUCCAGAUAUUGGUCCCGCAGCUCGUCGUAGUACCGCGUUACUUGUUUUCGGUGGUAGUCACCGCUAUUAUUAUACCGGUAAGCGUCAAAGCUGCGGCAGAAUUCUUCGCCAACCUUGAGAAUUUUGUUGGUCUGAUCGGUUACUGGUCCGCGGCAUUCGUCGCGGUAUUAAUUGUGGAACAUAAUGUCUUCAGAGGUGGUAAAUAUGAUUCAUAUGAUCACGAUAGUUGGAACGUGGCAUCUCGAUUGCCAUGGGGUGUCGCAGCUUUAACAGCAAGUGUGCUCAGCUUUGCGGUGGCUAUUCCUAGCAUGUCGCAGGUGUGGUUUGAAGGCCCAAUUGCGAAGAAGGCUGGUGACAUUGGAUUCGAGAUGGCAUUCGCUGUGACUGCGGUUCUCUAUCUCCCUCUUCGAUAUUUAGAGAAGAGGUUGAGUGGACGAUAGAAAUUGAUAGAAGAUUGGAUGCCCUGACGAUGUAGAUAAAUGUGAUUGAUGAGUCUCUUCGGGAUGAUAUACCCAGGUAGAAUAAUUCAAUCUUGUUUUCAUAUCUCAGUGGGAGGUGGCGUUAAUUAGAGCAGGUGGUAGGUGCUGAGAUAUGAGAUUGGCGCACAAUACAGUGCAAUCCAUGCCUGCCCAAGCCAUUCUAGUGAUUUUCCCUCUAGGAAUAAGCUAUGGUUAAGUGACAGCAACCUAGAGUUGUCGCGAAGAUAUACGAGUCUUGCGGCAGGAUGCAAGUUACGUAUAGUUUCGUAUAAAAUCCAGUAAUAAGCGGCGGCAUAAAAACGAAGCUUUACUACGUCAGUACACGGCCUAAAAAUUAGUCCGUAGGCUAGAUUUCGGGUCGCUGUAAGAGCCCGUUAGGUCUUCGUAUUAUACGAUGAUUUGUCACUGAAAUUACAACUAGGGGUCCCUACCUAGG